GGGAAGAACAAAUCUGGUUUGCACACCAAUCAAAUUAGCAUUCUGUGAUCUGUAUUUUAUCCACCAAAAAUUAAAGCAUUUACCAUUCAUUUUUUUUCUUAUUUUAAUUUUAAUUUUUUUUUGCUUAAUUCUUUCAAAAAUCAAAAUUCUGAUCUUCUCCGAUUUCUCCCACACACACAUUCUCUCACUUCCUAUCCUCUCCAUUUUCUCUCUCCUCCCUCAACAAUGGCGGCAUUCCAAAAUCCUGUAGUUUUGCAAUCAAAUACAGCAACGGUAGCGGCAUUAUCAACAUCAUCUUCCGCCAAAUUUGCGAAGCCAUUUUCUCUCUCAUUCUCUUCUUCUACUGCUACCUUCAAUCCUUUAAGACUCGCUACUUUAUCUUCCUCUAAUUUUACCGCGAAACCUCGGGGCGGUGGUGCUCUUGGUGCUCGCAUGUCUGAUAGUCCUGCUGGAAGAUAUGCUACUGCUCUCGCUGAAGUUGCUAAAUCCAAUGGUACUCUUGAAACAACUAGUUCCGAUGUCGAAAAAAUUGACAAGGUUUUCUCUGAUGAGCAGGUAUAUGCCUUCUUUGCAAACCCCGUGAUUUCCACUGAGAAAAAGCGGGAAGUGUUGGAUGAGAUUGUCAGCUCUUCAGUGCUGCAGCCACAUACUGCUAACUUCCUUAACAUCUUAGUAGAUGCAGACAGACUUGAGCUGAUUAAGGACAUAGUGAAGGAGUUUGAGGUGGUAUUUAAUCAGAUUACCAAUACCGAAUUGGCAGUGGUAUCUUCGGUGGUGCCAUUGAAGAGUGAUCACUUAGCUCAAAUUGCUAGGGGCGUUCAGCGUUUGACAGGGGCAAAGAAUGUGAGAAUCAAGACGAUGAUUGAUCCUGAGUUGGUUGCUGGCUUCACUAUCAGGUAUGGUAAUGGAGGUUCAAAAUUGGUUGAUAUGAGUGUCAAGAAACAGCUCGAGGAGAUUGCCGCUCAGCUUGAUUUGAGUGAUGUUACACUUGCUGUAUAAAACUUAAAUUCAUAUGGUCAUCACUUAUCAUGUUUGGCUUCAAUUAAUUCUCUGAAUUUAGUUUUGGAAUUCUGCAUUUUUUUAAACUGUGCAUUUAAUUGUAUAAUUAUUUCAAUGUCAAGCAAACUUGCUUUUAUCCAUCAAUUUCUCUUGAUGUAUAUGUAAAUGUAUAACGUGGUGCACAUUUAAAUAAAAAGGUGUAGAUUGCAUUGCA